AUGCCGAGGGCUCCAAUGUCAGACAAGCGCCGAGCGCGUGCUGUGUGCGUGAAAUGCAAUCUAGAAGAUCGACCAGGUGGGGCCUGUAGCCGGUGUCAACAUGAAGGCCACGAAUGUCAACCUCACAUUGGUUCACGCAAGCAGAAGGCGCUUCGUACCUCACUUGCUGGGUCUAAUUUUGCCGCUGUAUCUCCUGCUCGAUCGAUCGCCGCUGGAGAACCAGAAACUAUCUCGCAAGAAAAUUCAUCAUCAUCGUUUAGUGUUCUAGGAAAUCAGCCACCAAACUGUUCAAUUCCAGUCAACGGAGCUGACAUCUCCAGGCAGCCAACUUUCAUAGAAGGAAGUGCGCUCAUUUUAGACACAAGUCAGGCAUGUCGACUCCCGCCUCCAGUCAUUGCCCAGGCUUUAUCCGACUUUUACUUCCGUGAGCUCUUCUAUCUCGUGCCAGUCUUUGACCACGGGCAGUCCGAAACUCCGAACUCUGUAUUGUUGCAGCAAGCAUUAUGUUUUGCCGGUAGUACUAUGCGACAGCCUAUGGAACCUUCAGCGGAUUGGUCCUCGUUCUCGAUAUAUGGACGAAUGAAAACAUUGUUGUUCCUUCAUCAGGACCCAAACCCCUUUCACAUGCUUGCUGCUCUAUGCGUUCUUGGAACCUGGCUUCCAUAUGCCCCCGAUGCAAUAACACUGGACAACCCGUGGCAAUGGACCGGUAUGGCUAUUCGACUUGGCAUACAACUGCACCUACACGAGGUUGGCGCAUACAGUUCAUUCACACAUCCCGGAAGAUUACGAAGAAUUUGGUGGUAUCUUUUCAUAAAUGAUACACUUCAGAUGGCAUGCUGUGGGCGCCCUGGGAUGUUCCCCUUGAAGGAAACCACUGUCCCCUUGCCUGAGAAAACUGAUUUUGAGAACCCUACUGAGCUGGGAGCUGCAUCUUUCUGUGCGCUCGCUUCUCUUUGUGUGCAUUUGAGAAAAGCCAUAGAUCUCGGAAGGCAUCAGAACACUCCACAACACGAAGUGUAUCAUGCCCUUGACGAGCUGAAAAUGUGGAGAGAACUCCUACCCAUUGAGCUAAAUUUAUUCGAGGCGGAUACCAGAAAAGCUUACAAUCGCCCUAUGGUGGAGCUCUACAUCUUCUAUCUGGUGACUGUGAUCUUAACCUGCUCACUCGGUCGACGUGAUAGCUCACCGUGUCUGAAACAUGUUUCUAUGGUUGCCUCAUCUUGCAUCUCUCGGUUGUACGAGGAAAUUCUAUACCACGAGGAUGUACAAUAUUUGCUCCCCAUUCACUCUUGGGCAAAUCUUGUCGCCGCAAUCCCACGGGCUUUCAGUGACAGUGAUCUCUUGAACCCUCACCGAACGCACGAACUCAACAUCUGUGAGCAGGUGCUGGAAACCAUGAGCAAGAAACAUACGUCCGCGUCUAUGGUUCGCGGCAAAAUCGGCAGUCUCGGCAGUUUUGGCACAAGCAUGUUUCCUCAAGCUGACGAUUCAAGCCCUAUACCCGACGAAAGAAGAAAGGAAAUGGCAAACUUGUUUUCUUUUCCCUUGAGUUUUUGUCCAAUGCUUGAUCUUUUAUCUUCAAGCAGAGUCGGAACCGACAACCUGAACGACAUCUCUGCUUUGUCCAUGGAUAGCAUGGAAGGGCAAGAUUGGCCAGUCGAUUGGUCGCUCUUCUUACUGGAACCCCUUAUGGAGGUCUAG